GCCGGGAGGGGCCGGUGGCGGCGGGCGGGGCCCAAUGGGCGCCGGCUCCCGAGGAGAAGGCGGAGGGAGGCGGACUCCGGGCUCCGGCCCCAUUCAUCGCGCGGCAGGCCGGCGGGGGUCCCGCGUUCUCGGAGCCAUGGAGGCGCUAAUUCCUGUUAUCAACAAGCUGCAGGACGUCUUCAACACCGUGGGCGCCGACAUCAUCCAGCUGCCGCAGAUCGUCGUGGUGGGGACGCAGAGCAGUGGAAAGAGCUCAGUGCUAGAAAGCCUGGUGGGGAGGGACCUGCUCCCCAGAGGCACUGGUGUCGUCACCCGGAGACCCCUCAUUCUGCAGCUAGUCCAUGUUUCACCCGAAGAUCAACGAAAAACAACAGGAGAAGAAAAUGACCCCGCUACAUGGAAAAACUCAAGACACCUUUCUAAAGGGGUUGAAGCAGAAGAAUGGGGUAAAUUUCUUCACACCAAAAAUAAGCUUUACAUGGAUUUUGAUGAAAUUCGACAAGAAAUUGAGAAUGAAACAGAAAGGAUUUCAGGAAGUAAUAAGGUAGGCAUCUUUUUAUAGCUGGAAAGUACAAACAUCAAAACGAAUUUAUUUUUAUUACUGGUUCCUUGCUUAUCUCUGGUUCAGGUGCCUGUAGGUGAUCAACCUAAGGAUAUUGAGCUUCAAAUCAGAGAGCUCAUUCUUCGGUUCAUCAGUAACCCAAAUUCCAUCAUCCUCGCGGUCACCGCUGCUAACACAGAUAUGGCAACAUCAGAGGCACUGAAAAUUUCGAGAGAGGUAGACCCAGAUGGUCGCAGAACCCUAGCUGUAAUCACUAAACUUGAUCUCAUGGAUGCGGGUACUGAUGCCAUGGAUGUCUUGAUGGGAAGAGUCAUACCAGUUAAACUUGGAAUAAUUGGAAUAGUUAACAGGAGCCAGCUAGAUAUUAACAAUAAGAAGAGUGUGACUGAUUCAAUCCGGGAUGAAUAUGCUUUCCUUCAAAAGAAAUACCCAUCUCUGGCUAAUAGAAAUGGAACAAAGUAUCUUGCUAGGACUCUAAACAGGUUACUGAUGCAUCACAUUAGAGACUGCUUACCAGAGUUGAAAACAAGAAUAAAUGUUCUAGCUGCUCAGUAUCAGUCUCUGCUAAACAGCUAUGGUGAGCCUGUGGAUGAUAAAAGUGCUACUUUACUCCAGCUUAUUACCAAGUUUGCCACAGAAUAUUGUAACACUAUUGAAGGAACUGCAAAAUACAUUGAAACCUCAGAGCUAUGCGGUGGUGCUAGAAUAUGUUACAUUUUCCAUGAGACUUUUGGGCGAACCUUAGAAUCUGUUGACCCGCUGGGUGGCCUUAACACUAUUGACAUUUUGACUGCCAUUAGAAAUGCUACUGGUCCUCGUCCUGCUUUGUUUGUGCCUGAAGUCUCAUUCGAGUUACUGGUUAAGCGGCAAAUCAAACGUCUGGAAGAGCCCAGCCUCCGUUGUGUGGAACUGGUUCAUGAAGAGAUGCAAAGGAUCAUUCAGCACUGCAGCAACUACAGUACACAGGAGCUGUUGCGAUUUCCUAAACUUCAUGAUGCCAUAGUUGAAGUAGUGACUUGUCUUCUCCGUAAACGGUUGCCUGUUACAAAUGAAAUGGUCCAUAACUUAGUGGCAAUUGAAUUGGCUUACAUUAAUACAAAACAUCCGGACUUUGCUGAUGCUUGUGGGCUAAUGAACAAUAACAUAGAGGAACAAAGGAGAAACAGGCUAGCAAGAGAACUACCCUCAGCUGUACCACGAGACAAGUCUUACAAAGUUCCAAGUGCUUUCCCACCUGCCUCCCAGGAGCCCUCCCCCGCUGCUUCUGCUGAGGCUGAUGGCAAGUUAAUUCAGGACAACAGAAGAGAAAAUAAAACUGCUGCGUCAGGAGGUGGGGUUGGAGAUGGUGCUCAAGAACCAACAACAGGCACCUGGAGAGGAAUGCUAAAAAUGUCAAAAGCUGAGGAGUUACUAGCUGAGGAAAAAUCAAAACCAAUUCCAAUUAUGCCAGCCAGUCCACAAAAAGGCCAUGCUGUGAAUCUGCUGGAUGUGCCAGUUCCUGUUGCACGAAAACUGUCUGCCCGUGAGCAGCGAGACUGUGAAGUUAUUGAACGACUCAUCAAAUCGUAUUUUCUUAUUGUCAGAAAAAAUAUUCAAGACAGUGUGCCAAAGGCAGUGAUGCAUUUUCUGGUGAAUCAUGUGAAGGACACUCUUCAGAGUGAGUUAGUAGGGCAGCUGUACAAGUCGUCCCUGCUGGAUGACCUUCUCACGGAGUCCGAGGACAUGGCGCAGCGCAGGAAAGAAGCCGCCGAUAUGCUAAAGGCAUUACAAGGAGCCAGUCAAAUUAUUGCUGAAAUCCGAGAGACUCAUCUUUGGUGAAGAGAACUGUGUAAUACUGAGACCUUGUCGACUCAACUUGCUGGUUACUGCCUACUUGAGUAGAAUUCUAUUUAUGAACUCCUGUGUGUUGCCAUGGUAUGAAUCUGCUCAUGUGAAGACUGGCUAUAAAAUGAAAAUUAUAUCUCUAUUACAGAACAAAUCAUACAUUUAAUCCAAAUAAUAAAUGGCUGUUUCUACAGUUUCCCAAUAUAUAUAAAAUACAUCAAGUCUGUCUUGUGACAGUUCCAUCUGAACUUAAAAAGAACUGUUAAUGUUCUAGUUGUACAAGCUGUUUGCCUGUGGAUAAGAUGACCUGUGUAAUCUGUUAGUAGCCCUAAAGCUGCUGCCAUAGUCCUUCAAGGAGAACGCGCCAAGACCACGUCUAUACGACUGUAAUGCAUGCACUAUAUAAACUGAUCUGGCUUUGAAAGGUGUGGGUUGACAAGUCACUGUAUUUCACCUGUCCUUCAACUUUUAUUGAGCUCCUCUGCAGUGGAUGUGUUAAGAAGGCUGAAUGUGUAAGAGCAUCGGUAACACUGACAGGGAUGCAGUGUGCACAUGUGUAGCUACACAGCCCUUCCACUCUGGGUCCACAUUGUCCUUGUGCAUUAAAACUUUGAUUCUUAUUUAAAUCUGGAAACAUCAAUUAACGUUUUCCUGCGUUAGAAACAACCAUCUAGAUUUGAUUAUCUAGUAAGACUUUAUAAUGACCAAUUCUUGUUUUUAGAGGUCCUAAUAAAUUCUCCUUGGUUUCCAAGUAGAGUAAUUUGGAUACAUAUUUUAAUUGCGCAUUUAUACCAAGACUUGGAGGUGGGACUUAAAACCAGAUGCUGUGCUGGACAUUGAAGUAUAUAUUCUUUCUCUCAGUACUGGUUGGUAGUACUUAGUUUUGCUUCACACCAACAAAAUAUAUUAGGACAGAGGUAUGAAAAUACUGGCGGAGCCUCAUUACUUAAGGAAAAACAUUCACAUACAUACAGCCCUAAAGGCUUAUAGACUACCAAUUGCAUUCAGGGGCUGAGGUUUAGAACAUGCACUUCUAUGAAAACUCCCCAGGUGAUUCUUGAACUACAUUAUAAAUUUAUGAAAUGGCUCAAAAUCCCUAGCUCCAUUUCUAACAUGUUAGUUACAUAUUGCAGAUAUUAAAGUUUCUUAACUAGUCAUUUAAAAGUCACAUUUCUGAACUACUGCUGGCAGAGACUAUAAAUAUGUCUGUUAACUUUAGCUUCUGGUACCCAUUUACUCAGAAACAGUAGGCUCAGCAGCUGAUCUCAAACACAGAGUCAGAUGCAGUCUGACAUGAUGCGGUACCAUCUUGACAGAAGAUGUUACCCAACCAUUUGUUAACACACUUUAGAAUCACUCUGCUGUCAUUAAACAUCAGCUUGAAAUUAUAGCCAUAUCAUGCUUUACUUACUGCAGGUAGACCUGAUGACUACCACUCUAGCCUUUUGAUUUGUUAAGGGAGAAAAAAAUUACAGUCCAUCUUCCCCACCAUUUCAGAUUUCAAACCAAAAAACAUGCUGUUGCUGUGGCAGUGCACCGGCGGGCACUACACACCUUGUACAAAGAAAGAGGCGAGAGACGUAAGGAAAGAAAACCCCGCUGUCGGCCUCAGACAGCACAGUUCUGAGAUGCGGAGCUCUCUCUCUCAUUUGUAGUGGACACCUGUAUGUUCUUGCUAUGUAAAUAAAACUGCGGUAUGAAUAACAUUAAAGUUUGUCAAUAAA